AUGGGAGCGCAAUUCUCCAAGACAGCUGCAAAUGGCGAAACCGCGGUUGAAAAGCCUGGAGAGGCUGCCGCUUCACCAACCAAGACCAAUGGACAGGAAAAUGGCCAUGUGAAAGUGAAUGGGGAUGCCUCUCCUGCAGCUGCCGAGGCAGGCAAGGAGGUGCAGGCCAAUGGCAGCACCACAGCUGAGGAGGCUCCAAAAGAGGAGGCUGCGCCUGCAGAAGUGGCGGCAGUAGAUGGGGUGAAGACAGAGAAUGCAGAGACUGUGUCUCCAGCAGCCGAGGGUGAGGCCACCAAGCCGGAGGGAGCCACGGCUUCAACCAGCAACGAGACCCCCAAAAAGAAGAAGAAGCGCUUCUCAUUCAAAAAGUCCUUCAAGCUCAGUGGCUUCUCCUUCAAGAAAACCAAAAAGGAGACUGGCGAUGGGGCAGAGGGUGAGGAGGCUGCUGCGUCCACUGAGGAGGCAAAGGCUGAGACAGCCGAGGCCUCAGAGGUCACGGCAGAGGUUGAGGAGGCCAAGCCUGCUGAGGGAGAGGCUGCACCUGCUGCUGCUGAGGAGGAGACCAAGGAAGCAGCUAGCCCUGCAGAGGCCAAGCCUGAGGAAACAGCAGCCCCUGCUGAGGAGGCCAGGGUAGCCCAAGCCACUGAGGAGCCAAAGGCAGAAGAAAAGCCAGCUGAGCCUGCUGCUGCAGAGGAAGCACCCAUCUCGGAGGAGGCUGCACCUGCAACAGAGGCUGCUGCAUCCAGUCCAGAAGCCCCCAUUACUGCAGAGGCCGCUCUUGAGUAA